GGCUGAAAGGGGCCUGAAGGGGGAGAAAGGGAGAGUUGGGGAAGGAGUGUAAGUCACUACCUCCGGGGAGGUAGUGAUCAUGAGCAUUUGAUUGAUAAUUCUGCUCUUUUUUUUUGCGGGGGGGGAAUGUGGGGGAGGGAGGGGCGGGGGGGGGGGAAGCAAUAGAGGCUCAUAUAGCUCAGAUUGCGGAAGAAAUUCAAAAUUCCGCAAAUAAUUCUGGUCUCCAAUCAGCAAGCAGAUCUACGUGACGUCAGAGUCAGGUAAAUGGCGUCACAGACAAUCGCUGGCGGUGCAGCUGUUGCUGCAGGUUGCAGCGACCUACGGUGUCCGUCUCGAACGAAGCUCUGCAGGCGUAGUCGCCAGAGUCAUCUCUAUCUCUCUGUUCUUUCUGACUGUUUCAGAAUUCUGAAUGGAGUUCCCCACUCACAAUACGCGUUGCACUCACUGUCGAGGGCCGAGGGUCGCGGAUCGCAAAAGCGUUCAUCGCAGGAAGUUUUGACAUCUCGGAUUCGCGACGACCUUCCAGUUUUGCAAUUUGAGAUGAUAAUAAGGAGACCUUGUUUGCCGACCGGCGGGGAAUGGCCCCCAAGGGCGGACACCCGGUCACGCCGACAACUCAAGUGCAGGAUUAGGGCUGGCGUCAGUGCGUCAGCCACAGCAGAUGGAGGAGGAGGAGGAGGAGGAGGAGGAGAUAGGCUUUAUAAGGAAAGAGAGAAUUCCACUUCCCAUGGUUUACAGCUGGAGGGAGGUGAUUACAACCCUACAUCGUCGGACACGAGAGGAAGAAUGGUGGGAGAAUCAGAUGCCAUUGACGGUGGCACCGCACAUGAUAAGGUAACCUCUGGAGGUGCAGAGACUGCAGAGCAAGAGAUGGACAGAAGGGAGGGGUAUGAAAGCUCAGCAGCGUCAGCGGAUUUAAUGCAGAAGUCGUCAGGCGAUGACGCGGAGUACGACGACUCCGAGGGCGACAGUCGGCAACAACAACGUGCUGUUGCUGCUAGAAUGUCAGACGGUCGACAUGGCGCAUCCACGGAAGGCGCUGAUGACUCCGCAGUGCCCUCAGCAGAUAUCCCCUCCACUACUAGUUCAAUCUAUUCACAACAGCAGCAGGAGCAGAGGCAGGAGGGGGAGGAGGAGAGGGAGGAGGAGAGGGAGGAGGCGGAGGAGGCGUUGGGAGUACGGGUCAAAAAGUUCAUGAUCGACUUCAGCAACAACUGGCCGACGAGGCUGCACAAGGCACUUUUGGCCAAGCGCAUCCCCGACCGCAGCCUCCAGAGUGCAUCGAUACGAAUGGUGUAGAAAAUUACAAGUUAAAAAAACGUAGCAAAAAAUCCUAGCUUUAGCCCAAUCAGUUGUGAUUGUUGAUUGUUGAAAACAGGAUAUCAGAAGACAUCAACGAGAACAAAGCACACGUAGCACA